AUGGGAGCAACGGUUAACUUCAGACUGAUUAGAAUUAUGGAAUCGAGAGUACACAGGAGUUCGAAAAUCCAAGUGGAUCUAUACGACGGACCCCAAAGCCUCUCCACCUCUCUCCCAUCUCUCGUCUCUCGUUUUCUGUCUUGCUCUCGUGUCUCCCUGUGCGUAUGUCCAUUCACGCAAACUUUUCUCUUGCCCCCCUGCCCUUCCAAACCGCGUUGCUGCUGUAUGAACGAAUCCGUUUCAUCCCCUGAUCCCGUUUUGAACCCUCCCUCUACCAGUCUUGAACGCAAUCAUACCUCUUGGACGCCGGAAAACAGAGCAAGGGGAAGAAGAAUUGCUGUGUAUCCAGCACGACGAACGUCGAGAGAAAAAGGGGUGAAUGCGUCAAAAAAAGAAAAAAAAAGAAGAAAAAAGUCGUAA